UUCUCCCUCGGCAUUUAAAAUCAGGUGGGCGUGUUUCUCCAUUUAUGAUUUAACUCAUUUUUCGGCACUGGGAAGACAAAUUUUCAAUUGACAUGCCUGUUUUUAAAUGAUACUGACAUAAGACCCGCUAGUACCUCACACAAGUUAGUCAGUUUUACCAGUACCACGUGAUUUUUGGACAUUUGGAUGACGUCACAUCGUUCUUCGCGAACAUUUGAGUAUCGGUUCCCGGACUCGCGAAAAAAUGCCUGAAGGUAAAAAAACAACAGUGUGAACAACACUUGCGAUAUGUUAUGUUUCCGAUUGCGAUGAGGCAAAUGUGUUGAAUGUUUUAUCUGAUUUUAUCUAUGAAUUUAUAUGAGAUGCAGUCAGUAGAACCCUACUGGUAAUAUAACGAAUCUUAUUUAGUGGAGUGUAGCAGGAGUUCGAGUCAAGAAACCAAAUCGAUAAACUGCAAUGGAUAUUCUGCACAAAGUAGAUUUCAAUCUGGGUCCUGUAAGCAUCGAUGUGAUAGAGGAGAAUUUAUAUUUAGGAGGCCUAGCAGCUGCCAAGAACAUUGAUGUGCUGAACAAAUUUAAAAUCAACCACAUUAUCACCAUCGAUACUUGCCCAUUGCCCCGAACAAUCACCAAUCUCAAAGACAUAAAAACUAUGUAUAUUCAGCUGAGCGAUCUCCCUAAAGAAGAUUUGCUGUCGCAUUUUGAUGAAACAGACGAGUUUAUAAAAGAAGGCAUGGCAAAUGGAGCUGUUUUGGUCCACUGCUAUUUUGGAGUAUCUAGAAGUGCUACAGUAGUUAUUGCCCAUAUUAUGAAGAAGUAUCAAUUGUCAUAUGCUGAAGCUUUUGAAAAAGUUAAAGCUAAAAGAAGUAUUGUAUAUCCUAAUGAAGGAUUUAUAACACAAUUAAAGUUAUACAAGGAAAUGGGAUACACAGUUGAUACAACUAGUAUGCAUUUUAAAAUCUACAGGCUAACUUUAGCAGCUGAUAGAGUGAGGAAGGUAAAAAUCCUCCCUCAGGAAUUUUCCAAUCUUAUCGCACCAGAUCCAGGCUUAGAGCAAAUACAACCGGAACCAAAAGUUUAUAAAUGUAAAAAAUGUAGAAGGGUUGUAGCAUCUGAAUCAAACCUCAUUAUGCAUCAAGAUAAAGGUGAACCUUGUAGACAAACUUACUUUGUGGAACCAAUGGCCUGGAUGAAUAUUACUGGUAAUAUGAUAUAGGCAGAUUUGUGAUAUAGGUUUUAAUGUUUUUGGGUUCAAGAGAAAGUCCGUCCAAGACAGAUUUAAUACAUUGCAAAUUAUCAGAUCAUAACUAAUAAGCUGGUACGAUGCAAGGGAAGCUACAUUGCCCCAAAUGUAAUAGUAAACUGGGUUCAUUCAGUUGGAUAAUGGGCUCUCAGUGUACCUGUGGCGUAAAAGUUGCACCUGCUUUCUACCUAACACCUUCCAAGGUCGACUUUAGUAAUGUGGUGAAAAAUAUUGAAGCAACUUUUUAGAUGUUUGAAACUUAGAUGUUUUCUUCCAGUAUUUCUUCCCACUCUUAAGAAUCCC